AUGUUUUCCGAGGACGGGUUUCUGGGUUGUCCCCGAGGAGUAGAAGACCUCCGUAGCCUGAACGACCGACUGAACGCGAAGGUGGUAGACCAGUUGAAUGAGAGCCAAGAGUUGGUGAUGAUCAACAGCUUCGCCAGGGAGACCAAUGAGUACCAGUUUAAAACGAGCUUGCAGGAUAGGAUCGCUGAUAUAGCAUCAUGGCGGUGGGUGUUCGAAGACCUGUCGAAACGACUUGACGAGGCUAUAAGUACCCUUCACUACGAGCACAACGCGUUGAGGGUAGUCAUAGAAAGAAUACAACAAGAGAUCGAUGACCAUUCCCGUGAAGCCAGUAGGCCUGGAGCACUCAACCCCGAUUCUGAUGCUGUAGAGGCGGCAAUCUUGCAGGAGUAUAAUUUCCUCCGAGACGAGAAAAAGAACUUCGAAAAGUUGAUAACCGAGCUGGAAAAGCAAACAAAAGCCCUUGAAAGGACAAAGAAGAGAAUUAAAGAUGACAUUUUGAAGAAAAGAGAAGCUUUGUCAGUAGAGGAAUCGUGUGCCAGCAUGGAUUUAAACUCGCUAAAUAAAAAGGGUGAUAGAAAGAAAAAGAAGAAAAAGUGCUCUACUCUUGAUCGAUGGGAAACCCGCUGCGUAUCUUUAAAGCAAGCUGGUCUCCAAGCCCUCAAUAAUGCAGUGGUCACAAGGCAACAGGUAAGGGGGUCAAGAGUUCACUUGUCAAUAGUUGCUCAAGCAUAUGCCGCAAAGGUGGAUUCAGCUUUGAGAAGAAGACUCCAUGCCAACACUGCCAAACUAGAAGAACUAUGCUGGCAGAGAGAUGAGGCAGUACGAGACAUCAAAUCACUGGAAGAAGAAUUGUACACAGCUGAAAAGAAUUUUCUAGAAACGAUGGAGCAGGAGCGGCUGGUAGAAGCAAGAUUGGCAGACCGCACCCUCAGACCUACGGGAGAGUUAACGAGGGAUGAGGUUGACCGCAAGCUCAGGGAUGAAUUGGCCAGGCUCAGGCAUUUUAUGAAGCACAUGAGGAGUAACAUUGAGAGAAUUACUUCUUUGCAAAACCACCUCGGAAGCGCCAUAUCUCGAAUCGACUGCUGCGCCGAAGACAUAUCCCAGGUCGUGCGCCUGGACCAAGACAGGAUGAGCUGGAGACUCGGGGAGGAACCCAAAUGUGACACAGAGACCAGCACAGCCCCAGCUCAGACUCCACAUAUAAGCCAGUCUACCACCAGCCGGAAAGCGAAUGCGCCGUUGACAGCCAUCAAGGAAGAAGAUGAAGAAGAAUACCCGUUUGAUGAAUGAAAUUAGGAAGGCAGAAAGACGAUUGAAAGAAAAAAGAUUUCGCCAUUUGCAAAACACGUAUGCAUUUGGAAGACUCUAUAUACCUACACUCAUAUUCCUAUUUAACAUACUUUAAUAUGUGUAGUAUUUAGUUAGAAGUGAUAGCAUAUUUUACUGGUAAUAAAACAUACCUACCCAGUAUAGCGAUAGUUAUACUGGGUGUUAGGUAAAUGGGUAUAUGAGCCGACACGAGCCCAUGUUAACAUGGUCAUAUAAAUGGUAGGGUGAAGUCAGAAAAUUGAUAUCUUCAUUUUAAUUAUUUUAUUUUUCAUACAAAUCGGAUUUUAUAAAAAUUAAUUUUGUAUGAAAAUUUAAAAAAAUAAAAUGAUGAUAUCAAAAUUCUGACUUCACCAUACCAUUUAUAUGACCAUGUUAACAUGGGCUAGUGUCGGCUCAUAUACCCAUUUACCUAACAACCUUUAUAAAUUAAAAUGAUAGUUUUAAAUCAAAAUCAUAUUUUUGUCGUAAAAUACCUACUAAUUUAUGCACAGUACUUAGAUUGUUGUGCUAUCAUUUGAAGUAUAUUUUCAGCCUAAUACUAGAUUAUGCUAAGUAGCUAUUUCAACAUAUUAAGUACUAAAAAGAAAAGUCAUAAUGCUUUUGUAAUUUUAUUGAGAACAAAAUUAAAUUAAGUGUUUAACAAUAUCACAAACCAAAGUAAUUAUACAAACUAUAGUAUGAAUGAAUAAAUGUAAAAAUAUGAUAGUAAAGCACUAGAGUUUCAGGCCUGCUAUAUAUUUUAGCAUAGUAUAUUUUUAUACCAUCAUAUUUUUUAUUACAAUCAAUUGUGAUGUUUUACUAACCAUGUAGGUAACUAACAAAUUGAUAUCCAAUUGCCUUAAUUUUUUAUUUAGGUAUUUCAGAUUUACAGGGAUGCUUACCUAAUACAUUUCUAUUGAUAUUACAUAUUAAGUUUUAUAUUUUGUAUAUUAAGGUAUUCAUAAUGAAUAAAUAAAUAUUAUAAAUUACAUAGAUACAUAUUAAUGGUUUUAUUCAAUAUAAUUUGCAUAGUACUCAAGUACAUAAAAAUGAAAUAAAUACAGUAUUUUUAAAUUAUAAUGAAAAAAUAACUGAACACAAUCUGGUGAACAGAGAUUAAUUUUAUAAAUUAAAUAUCUGUUAAAGUUUAAACAAUAAUUGGAUAUUCAAAAGAUGUACAUUGUAAUCAACAAUCAAAUUCAAUAACUUUUUGAGGUUUAAAUAUUAUCAAAAUUAAAAUGUAAGAUACAUUUUCAUUUCAAGCUAACAGCUGUAAAGGCUAGAAGUAU